GUCACUGUCAGUGUCAUGACAGUCUUAGAAACUUAACCUAAAAACAGUUGUAUUGUAAUAGAAAUCAAUCAAGUUCUGGUGCCUAUUUAUUAUUUAAGCCAAUUAUAACUACAAAUUAAAAAUGAGACUCUCACAGGUCUUAAAAAAGCAGCAUCUUGAUUUUAUGUUCAAAAAACACUGGUUGGUACAGGGUAAACGAGUGCCAAUAGAUACUGGCGUUGAAGAAUACCUAAAGAAUAAGGGCAUUCCUGUUGUGGAUGCUUUGGAAUUUAUCAAAGAGAAAGAAGAACCUCAUGAAAAAGUUAACAUUGUAGGGUUUUAUGAACCACCAUUGCCAUUGGAUGAAAACCACCCUGAAUAUAAAGAAAAACCAUGUUAUACCCUUAAAAAUACGACUGUAUUAUUAGAAGGAAUUUCUCAAGCACAGGUAUUAACCAAAACGGUUAUAGCUGAAAAUAAAUUACCUCCAAAGAUAGAAGAAUUAGCUGAAUUAGAAGCACCUAAAGCUAUUCACGAGAAUGUAAAGAAAGCCAUCUUAUCUGCUAAUGUAUUUGAUUGUGAACAGAAAAAGUUACCUAAAAUUAAAGACCCAUUACGACCAGCAUAUAAUUUUCCCCGUAUACUAGGAAUCACUGACCGAAGAAGGAACCAAAUACUUACAAAUAGGCUUUUACAAAUAAUUGAAAGGAGCAGCGGAACAGAGGUUACUCAAACCAGAUAUGUAGUUAAUGAUGUUGAAUGCCAAGCCGUAUUUGACAAGGAGGAUGAACUUUUUCAAUUUCAAGAGGUGUCUAACAUACUGGUAACCACCAAUAAACCUCUGAAACACAACACUGAGAAUAAUAUACCAUUUGUUGAAAUACCUAACAUGCAUCCACUAAAACAUACAAUCACUCUCCAACAAGAGCAUUUUUAUGAUGAAAAUAGUAAAUACCCAAUAAAAUCAAGUGUGAGCAUGAAACAUCCUCACACAACAUGGUUACAUUUUAACAAUACAGAAGUAUCCAACUUAUAUGAGACAGCUGUUACUCCCAUGCAAAUCUUGGGAAGGUCUCUCACUCACGCCUUCGCUGUUGCCACUGCUUAUGCUAAGCAGUUGCAUGGAGAAGAAGUAAAAGACCUGCCUGAACCAGUUUACAUCAACUGCAUCCAAACUGACGGACAGAGAUAUCAUUUUGGCGUAUUGGAACUGAACACUUUAAAUGUCGACGGCGACGAAGGUACUAAAAAUGUUUGGUACUGCAAAAAUGAUAUGAAAAUGUAUGAUUCAAGUAGAUACCUCAGUGGCAUACCAGUUUUAGAGAACUACAACCCAGACAUUUAUGGAUAUAUCAAUGCAUUUUAUAAUUGUUAAGAUCACUAGUGUAAAUAAUUAUAUAGUUUAGUAUAUUAAAAUAAUGUUCCACAUAUAUACAAUAAUUUUUAUUUACAAUUUUCGGAAUGACAAUACAAGUACUUGGUUAAAAAAAAAAAGUUUUUCCAUGACUAUAUACUUUAUGCCUUGUAAGACAUUUGCUUUUUUCUUCCAUUCUCAUUACCUGUUCUCAGUAAAAGUAAGCCUUGUUGUUUUACUAAGAAAAAAUCAAAUAUUUUUAUGGAUCUAAAGUAGAUAUAUGCCUUACUGAGAAUAGGUUAACAAGCAUUAACAGAAAUGCAUAUUUGUUACCGUCAUUUUAUAAAUUUCCAGGUAUAAUUUAAAGCAUGAAGCAAAAUAAUAAAAAGAAACUCUAUUACUAAAGGCUAAAGGUUGACUGGUGUCAUAAAUUAAUACAACAUUGCUAUGUAUUCAUGUAUAUAUCGCAUUAUAUUUACAAGAACAUAAAUACAUAUAUUUUAAAAUAGAAUACACAAUGCUUACACAUACCGGAACACUUUGUACAUUAAAUAAUAGUAAGUAAGGAAAUUAGAACAGAAAUAUUAUAACAACAAGCUCAUUUGUCCAAUGUGAAUUUCUGUAGUCGACGUCUCCUUAAUUCUUCGGCAUCAGCAUCAGUCUUAUCUCUGUGAAAUAGAAUUCAUCAUCAUCAUCAUCACCAGCCCUUUUGCGUCCCCACUGCAGGGGGGGGGCUCCGACCUUCCUUAUGGAUGGUUAAGGAGGACGG